GUGCAGGAGAAGUGCCAUCUCCUCAUCCCAAGUGAGUUUAGCUUUUGAGCUGAGAGGUUUAGAAAUGGCAGUAAAGUUUGUAGUUCCUCUCGGUGUUGUCCUGGCCUUUCUCCUCAUCUUCCAGGAUUUGGCAUAUGCUAGGGAGCUCACGGAAGCUAAUGAGUCUGAAGGAAAAAAUGUGAAACCUGGAGGAGUGCCUGGACUCAAAGAUAAGAAGCGGGGAGGUGGAUAUAAUGGAGGAUAUGGCAAUGGUGGUGGUUAUGGUGGAGGUUAUGGUGGUGGCUAUGGGCCUAAAUAUAGUGGAGGAUACCACCAUGGAGGCUAUGGUCCCGGAUAUGGUGGUGGAUAUGGUGGCCCUGGAUAUGGUAGUGGGUACGGUCAACCUGGGUAUGGAGGAGGCUAUGGCGGAGGAUACGGCGGUGGCUAUGGCGGAGGAUAUGGCGGUGGCGGUGGGUAUCGUGGGGGUGGAGGCUAUGGAGGCCGCUAUGGCGGUGGUGGCUACCCUAGUGGUGGACAUCAUGGUGGAUGGAAUUAAGAGGUGCAACCACGUAUGUUUCUCUAUACCAUAAGUAAGGUGUGGUGAUGAUGGAUUUGAAUAAUGCGUGGAAGUGAUGUCUGCAUAGUAUAAAACAUGGUAAGUAGCUAGAAUGUUUUAUACAUGGUAGAUUGAGUGUUGUGGUGCAUGAAGUAUGUGUACUAAGAUCAUGUCAGCUAGCCAUCUAUGGCACUGUGCACAGCUGGCUUUUAGAAAUUGUACCUCAUCAUCUGUGGAUCUAUAUACAUAUAAAUAAAUGAAUUUCCCGUAAAGUUCUGUGUCAAA